CUGGAGCCACAUACCUUUCUCAUUUUCUGCAUCUGGGACCACAAGAGUCUCUGCAUUCACCACUGCAUUUAAAAAUUUCCCCUAUAGUUUAUGUAAAUGUACCUUUAGCAUUAGUCUAAAAAGAACUUGUCCGAAUUAGUAAAAUAACAAGGCCACCAUCUAGUGGUGACAGCUGUACAUCUAGGCGUGAACUCAGUCCACUGACUUCUGGAGACACCAUUUCUAUUCAUAUUCAAAGUUCCUGAAACGUCUCUCCCCAAGGCACAAUUGCAGAAUUUUGUUUUGGCUUGUAAGUUUGUGUUAGCAAUGGGACGCUGGCAUCUGAAUGUAGCCUGUUACCGUUUGUGUAGGUAUGUAUGUAGCCCAGAAGUCUGGUAAUCAAGUCAAGGUUUGGCUGCCUGUGUUUUAUCUGAAGGGCUGGGAACUCAUUGUGGUGGUCUGAUACCGGCUUGCAGCGUCCUCCUAGACGCAGUUCUGGUCUAGGCUGGCGGCGAGCAUGUGGGGAGGCUGUGCAGAGCGGGUCCAGGGCAGCCUGACAGCUGGAGCUGUGUGGAAGGCAGCCUGAGACCGAGUGGGAGGGACGGGUCUCGGUGGGACAGAGACAUUCAACAGGAAACAUCUGGGAGGACGCAUCACCUUGCCUGGUGUAGGGGAAGAGAGGAGCAUGGGCUAGUUUACAGUGGUGACGUAAACGGAAGCUGGAACACAAAGUGAGCACAGGGAAGUCGUAAAGUAACCCAGAUCAGCAGUGCAGGGUGCACCAUUCCUGGCCUUUGCUCAGGGUCUUGCACGGUGGGGAAUCGCGUGGUGCAGACCUGGUUGCGGAGGACACGGCGGGGUGUCGCGGGGACACGAAAUCUCCCCGGAGCCGCAGUCGCCGCGCGGGGCGGCCUGGGAAAGUCACCAGUCAGCAGCGCAGUGGCGGAAACCGCAGCCCUGCGGCCCUGGAACCUCCCAGGGAAGCGACCACUAUUCAUUGUUCCUGAAAGAGAAACUCAAAGAAGAGAAACAUAAGAAAUGGCUGAUUCCCCAGUACACAUGUCGCAGGGUCUGUUGACAUUCAGGGAUGUAGCUGUGAACUUCUCAAAAGAAGAGUGGGAAUGCCUGGAACCUGCUCAGAGGGCUUUGUACAUUGAUGUGAUGGUGGAGAAUUACAGCAACCUGGUCUUUGUGGAGAACUAUUGCAAAUGUGAUCCUGACCAUCAACAGGUGAAGACUGGAAAGGAGUCUUAUCAGUGUAAUGAGCUUUGCAAAGUACUUCAUGACCCCUCCACAUGUGCACUUUAUAGAGCAAUUGAAACUACAGAAAACUCUAAUAAACACACAUGUGGUAACCACAGGGAUGCCUCUAUUGACUCAUCAAACCUAAAUGGACAUGAAAGCAUGCACACUGGAGAAGAACUUUGGAAAACUAAAGACUGUGAGAAAUCUUUAAAUUUGAGUUCCAACAUUACUCAAGAUCAGGGACUCUACACUGCAAAGAAAGAGCACAGGCAGGGAGAAAAUGGUGACACUUUUGCCUCUUUAUACAGUCUUUUGCAACAAGCAGUCUACAUUUUAGAGGCUCCACACCAAUGUAGGAAAUGCGGGAAAUGCUUCAAGACUGCCUCAUACCUCACUGAACAUGAGAGAAUUCAUGCUGGAUUUAAACCCUACAAGUGCAUUGUUUGUGAAAAAUCCUUUACCCAGCCUUCAGGUCUUGAAAUCCAUCAGAGACUUCAUACUGGAGAGAGACCUUACAAAUGUGGGGUAUGUGACAAAUCCUUUACCUUGAAGUCAACCCUUAGAAGACAUCAGGAAAUUCAUACUGGGGAGAAACCUUACAAAUGUAAGGAUUGUGACAAAUCCUUUACCCGGGACUCAACCCUUAGAAGACAUCAGAGUGUUCACACUGGAGAGAAACUUUACAGGUGCAAGAAAUGUGACAAGUCUUAUACUAGCUGCUCGUAUCUUAGAGCACAUCAGAAAACUCAUACUGGAGAGAAACUUUACAAAUGCAAAGACUGUGACAUAUCCUUUAUCCAUAUUGCAAGUCUUAGAACACAUCAGAGAGUUCAUACUAGAGAUAGUCCUUACAAAUGUGAGGUGUGUGACAAAUCCUUUCCCUUGAACUCAACCCUUAGAAAUCACCAGAAAAUUCAUACUGGAGAGAAACUCUACAAAUGUAAGGAAUGUGACAAAUCCUUUAUCCAGGCCUCACGUCUUAGGACACAUCAGAGAGUUCAUACUGGGGAGAAACCUUACAAAUGUAUGGAAUGUGACAAGUCCUUUACCCAGGAAUCAACCCUUAGAAGGCAUCAGAGAGUUCAUACUGGAGAGAGACCUUAUAGUUGUAAGGAAUGUCACAAAUCUUUUACAAGGUGCUCCUACCUUUUAGCACAUCAGAAAAUUCAUACUGGAGAGAAACAUACCAUUGUAAAUAAUGUGUCAUAGCAUUUUUCCAAUAUUCUCUGCUUUCAAAUCACUACAGUACACAAAAUGGAUACAUAAAGAUCAGAAACUUGUAAAAGUUUUUAAUGAAGGUUUACAUUUUAAAAAAUAUCCUAGAGUUUAUAUUUAAAUAAAAUUCUGCAAAUGUAACAGUGGGAAAAGCUUUU